CUGACAACCAACAGCCAGGCUAAAUGUCGCUGCAAUCAGCCGGUACCGUUCUCUGCGAGCCGACCCGUCUCUACAACAUCCUCACACAGGCAAGAGAGCACCAAGAUUGGCACCCAUUACGUCGUCUCUUUCUUCCGUCUCUCUCUGAACAAACAGUGCGACAGGUCUCCAGCUGUGGUGGAUGAGACCUACCUCCUACUGUUGGACACUAGGAGCAAUGAUGACUACAACGAAGGACACAUUCAACUUGCCAAGCUGGCAAAAAAGAGCACCACCAAUAACGACGACUCCAAGUACAGGAUUCCAUUUGGUGCUCACCUCCCCACCUGUCUUCACUGUGUGGUCUAUGACGGCAAUACUGUCUCAGUCAUUGAAGACACUCCAGCCACUCGACUGGCAAACCAGCUAGCAGCCAGUGGCAACAAAAACCCAGUCCUCGUAUUGAAAGGUGGAUAUGAGAGAUUCUCAGCAGAGUAUCCCUUCCUGAGAACACAGAAAAUAAUGUACACACCAAUGGAGCUGAACAAUCUGCCGUUCUAUCCCUCCGAAAUCAUGCCGCUGUUCCUGUAUCUCGGAGACCACAGACACGCCUACAACGCCUCGCUGAACUAUGACCUCAAGAUACACACCCACGUUAGGCUGGGUAACGAGCGGGAGCUCCCCCCUGCCCUCCCCGAGUCAACCGAGGAGCUCCACGUUGACGUGGAGGACGCGCCACAGUCGGACUUGGGGUCUCACUUCGGCAAGAUUAUCGAGUUUAUCGAGGAUCAUCGUAAGAAGUCGGAGCGUGUGUUGGUGUUCAGUGAGCUGGGAAUCAGUCGCGCUGCCACUGCUGUCAUGGCCUACCUCAUCCACAGAAACAAGUGUAGCUUCAAGGAAGCCUACAGUCGUGUAGAAUCGUGCAGACAGCAGAUCCGGCCACUGGCAGUGUUCAAAGACCAACUGGUUCAGUGGGAGGCACGGGUUCUGAGACCAACACACACCUAGCACCAUGAUGCCACUCUCCACACACUUUCUCCUGCAUAAUACUCUCUGUUAUAUACACAUUACAUCAUGCAUAAUUGCAAAAGGUUCCUCCCUCCAUGUGAAGGGCUGUUGUACAACCAUCCCAUAUUGUUACAUAACACAGAGUCUAUGAGUGCAUGUCAAAAUUCAAGCAUGCAUGUGUCUCAAGAGUUACAUAAAGCC